AUGGAAAAGUUGGUUGGCUCCCAACGUUAUGACGUACGAGACAGGUGCUACGAGGAUCUAAUGGAGAUAACCAAGAACACCCAAUUUCAUGCUCACCUCAUUAACAUCACCACCCUUCCUACUUUAACCAAUCUAAUCAGAUACCUAGGCACUUCGCAAGUGAACGACCCUUGCGAAGAUUUUCAUCAAUUUGCCUGUGGAAAAUGGUUGACAGAAGGGAAAGAAUCUGUCAUGGAACUGGUUGCUGUACAAUUUCGUGACAAUAUUAACAAAUUAAAUGCAAUUUUGAAAGCUUUCUUCCUUUCCGAAGAAGUAUCUAGCUCAAAGUCAGUGAAUGCAAUGAAAGAGGUGUACAAGAACUGUUUGUCAAGUGAUGAAGAUUGGAAGUCGGAUGGAGGACCUAUUAAGUUUGUCUUAGCAAGAAUUGAGAAAUAUGGCUAUUUUCCGUUGAUAGAUGGUGAUGAAAGAGAAACGGAUAUUGAUAGAACACACUUGCUUGCGUAUUUCAACAAAAACAAGACUGUGGUCAAGUCGAUUCUACCCAUUAUUGGAUUGGAUUAUAGAGACAAUAUCUCCCAAAUUAUGAUUUCUUUCAGUCCACAAUACGAUUUCCCUUACGACGAGUCUAAUAUGAUAAUUUACGGGAAUGAUACCUUUGUGUAUCCAAGCUUCGAUGGGCUUUUGUUCAAAGUGUCAUUGAAGAUCUGCAGCGAAGUACGCGCCAAUUGCAAUGAAACUUUGAUCCGUCAAGCUGUAAAAGAAAUGCUGUCCGUAGUUGAAAAGGUCCACAGACUCAGACUCUUGAUUGCUCAGGAGGAUGAGGAUGAAGAUGAAGACCGAUGGUACCGCUUAAGCGAACUAGAUGUCAAACUCUCGUCGGUUAACUGGACCAAAUAUUUCAUUAUGAUGGCGCCUCCUGAUACGCACAGCUACUUUCUUGCAGAUCCUUUGGUUCAUGUUCCAAACAGAAAAUACAUAGAAGAGUUGGACGGAAUUCUGCAGAAUACACCCAAAAGGGUACUAGCAAACUUUGUGAUUCUCCACUACAUCCUUUCAUGGGCAAAAUAUUUAAAUGACGAUUAUAGGACACUGCUGAAGAAUAUGUCAACACAAAGCGAAAUCGAAUUAAAAGUCGAAUUUAAGGAAUAUAUGUUUGACAUUGGAGUAGAGGACUAUCCUUCGAAAUCCACUUCUUGUGUCACUGUAACGACUAGAAUGUUUGAUGCUGCAUUCACGUCUGUAUAUGGACAGAAAUUUAAUGGCAGUGCUACCGAGAAAAUAGUGGAAAAACUCACCCGUGAAAUAUUUGCCUCUUUUAAAGAAAGAAUAAAAGAAAACAAAUGGAUGACAAGAGAACAGAAAGAGUUUGCAAUUUUGAAAGCAGAACGAAUGAAAUCUCACGUCGCCUAUGAGGAUGUCCAUUUCAAUGAAACCGAACUAGAUAAUCGUCACAAAGAUCUCAUCGAACUUCAACAUCUAAAGUUUCUAGAGUUGGUGGACAAAUAUGACUACUCGCAGAGUAUAUCGCUCUUUAGAAGAUUGCUAAACUUUAAUGUUGCGGAAGUACUCGUUCCGAGCCUCUUAGCUAGCGAAGAGGAGUUCAUAGGUCCCUUCUAUGAAAUAGAAUUCAAUAUGGUGGUUAUACCUGUAUCCUUCCUUCACAUGCCGGUUUUUCACAGCGAAUAUCCAGUCUCGUACAGUUAUGGGUCAAUCGGUUCCAUAAUCGCACAUGAGAUCAUACAUGGAUUUGACAUCGACGGAAUAGAGCAUGAUGAAAAUGGAAACCAAAGAACUUUUAAGAGGAACGAUUGGCUAGGAUAUACUAAGGGAGCAACAUGUCUGGAGAAACAAUACAACAACUCUGUGAUCCCUGGUACCGAGUUCAAAGUAGACGGCUUCCGCACACUUAGUGAAAACAUGGCCGAUGUAGAAGGUGUUAAGCAAUCAUUUAUGGCGUAUAAAAGCUAUCAGAAAGAAAAGGGAUAUAUAGAAGAAGGUCGACUUUUGACAACGGAAGAUAUUACGGCAGACCAGCUGUUCUUUUUGGGAUGGGGCAUUAUACUUUGCGAGAAAUACGGCGAAGAGGAAUUGGAAAACGCUAUCCUUGUGGAUAACCAUGCACCAUCAGUUCUAAGGGUUAACAAUGUUGUAUCCAAUAUAGAGGAAUUUGCUGACGCCUUCCGUUGUUCACCUGGCUCACCAAUGAAUCCUGAGAAUCGUUGUUCGGUCUUCUGA